UUUGCAGCAAUAAUGCUUUUCUUCAAUUGGUUCUAUGACAUUCUUGCAUCGCUCGGCCUUUGGCAGAAAGAGGCCAAGAUCCUGUUUCUAGGGCUCGAUAAUGCAGGAAAGACGACGCUGCUUCACAUGUUGAAAGAUGAGCGAUUAAUUCAACAUCAGCCCACACAGCAUCCAACCUCGGAAGAAUUAAGCAUCGGGAAAAUCAAAUUCAAGGCCUUCGAUUUGGGAGGGCAUCAGAUCGCUCGCAGAGUUUGGAAGGAUUACUACGCAAAGGUUGAUGCGGUUGUAUACCUAGUGGAUGCCUAUGACAAGGAAAGGUUUGCGGAGUCAAAGAAGGAGUUAGAUGGGCUGCUGUCAGAUGAGUCACUGACGAGUGUUCCUUUCCUUGUGCUGGGUAACAAGAUUGACAAACCCUAUGCAGCUUCAGAGGAUGAGCUGCGCUACCACCUUGGCCUCACAAACUUCACUACAGGCAAGGGUAAAGUAAACCUUGCCGAUUCAAACGUGCGCCCGCUGGAGGUCUUUAUGUGUAGCAUUGUCCGCAAGAUGGGCUAUGGUGAUGGCUUCAAGUGGCUCUCCCAGUACAUCAAGUAAGGGAAGCCAGAUUUUCUUUUUCUUUUUCUUUUUCUUUUUAUAGAUAACUUUGUAACUUUAUUCAUUUUGAUAAAGAUAUUAUAUAAGAGAAGAGAAUCACUAACUAACCUCACUCAAUUUCGA